AGCGACAGCGACAGGUGGGAGCGCGGGCUCGGGGCGCCCUGUGAGGGGCCGUGGGCUCCUGCGGGGCUGGAGCGGUGCUGUGCGUGAGGGCGGUGUGGCUUUGGGGACAGGCGCGCCCGAGGCUGAGAGACCCCGCCCGGAUACCUGUGGGGACAUCGCUGUGGGGCUGGGGAAGGGGAUGGCGGCAUCCGGGGGUGCUGUGGGGCGAGGAUUGGAACGGGGUUGCUGCCCCGAGGAGCCCCCACAGCGAUCCGGGAGGAGCUCCCGCAUCGGGCGGUGCUGGGGACACUGGGGACACUGGGAUGCUCCGGCACAGCCCGAGAUGUUCCGGGAUACCCCGGGAUGUUCCAGCACAGCCCGAGAUGAUCCGGGACAGCCUGGGAUGUUCCAGCACAGCCUGGGAUGUUCCAUCACAGCCCGGGAUGUUCCGGCACAGCCCGGGAUGAUCCGGGACACCCCAGGAUGUUCCAGCACAGCCCGGGAUGUUCCGGCACAGCCCGGGAUGCUCUGGCACAGCCCGGGAUGUUCCAGCACACCCCGGGAUGUUCCAGCACAGCCCGGGAUGCUGCUCGCCCGAGGGGAUUCCUCUUUUCCCCUCUUCACCUCCCCGUCGAGCCUCCGGGUGCAGCCCAAGCGGUUUUUUUGACACGCGAGACCCCCCGGCUGUGUGCAUCACUCUGCACAGCCUUUGGCAGCAGGUAGAGGUGGUUGCACAAGGUAUUUCCCCUCUGUGUCUCUGGGCCUGGAGUCUCCCUGCACCUUCAAACCUCCAGAGAUUGCAUGGUGGCAAGGUCCAAGGAGACCAUGACCACUGAUGAGGCCACCAAGAGUGAAGGGGAGGUGCAGGCAGCAGCUCUGGCUGAGCGAGGGGAGGACAUCACACCAUCCAAGGACCGAGGGGUGCUGAAGAUCAUUAAGAGACCUGGGAGUGAGGAUGAGUCUCCCAUGAUUGGAGACAAGGUUUAUGUGCACUACAAAGGCAAACUGGCCAACGGGAAAAAGUUUGACUCGAGCCGGGAUCGGAACGAGCCCUUCAUCUUCAGCCUGGGCAAGGGUCAGGUAAUCAAGGCAUGGGACAUUGGGGUGGCCACCAUGAAGAAGGGAGAGAUCUGCUACUUGCUCUGCAGACCUGAGUACGCCUAUGGCUCUGCUGGCAGUGCCCCCAAAAUCCCCUCCAAUGCCACCCUCUUUUUCGAGGUCGAGCUGCUUGACUUCAAAGGCGAGGACUUGUUUGAGGAUGGAGGAAUAAUCCGGAGGAUCAAGAGGAAGGGAGAAGGUUACUCCAACCCUAACGAAGGUGCUACCGUGGAGAUUCACCUGGAGGGAUUCUGUGGCGGCCGCAGGUUCGACUGCAAGGACGUGAAAUUCGUCGUGGGCGAGGGGGAGGACCACGACAUCCCCAUCGGCAUUGACAAGGCCCUGGAGAAGAUGCAGAGGGGAGAGCACUGCAUCCUCUACCUCAGCCCACGGUACGGCUUUGGGGAGGCUGGGAAGCCAAAAUAUGGCAUCCAGGGGAACACGGAGCUGGUGUACGAGGUGACCCUGAAGAGCUUUGAGAAGGCCAAGGAGUCGUGGGAGAUGGACACCAAGGAGAAGCUGGAGCAGGCAGCCGUGGUCAAGGAGAAGGGCACGAUGUACUUCAAGGAAGGCAAGUACCUGCAGGCAGUGAUUCAGUAUGGGAAGAUUGUGUCCUGGCUGGAAAUGGAGUAUGGCUUGUCUGAAAAGGAGUCUAAAGCCUCAGAGUCCUUCCUGCUGGCUGCCUUCCUCAACCUGGCCAUGUGCUACCUGAAGCUGAGGGAGUACACCAAGGCAGUCGAGUGCUGUGACAAGGCUCUGGGGUUGGACCAGGACAAUGAGAAAGGCUUGUACAGGAGGGGUGAAGCCAGGUUAUUGAUGAAUGAGUUCGAGCUGGCCAAAUGUGACUUUCAAAAAGUGCUGGAAGUGAAUCCACAGAACAAAGCAGCAAAAUGCCAGAUCUCUGUGUGCCAGAAGAAAACGAAGGAGCACAACGAGCGGGACCGGAGGAUCUACGCCAACAUGUUCACAAAGUUUGCAGAGAGGGAUGCAAAGGUGAGUGUUGCUCAUUUCUGACCAUCCAGGGUUGUGCUGAGGGAUGCUUGGUUUGUGGUGAGAAGAGAUGGGUUAAACCAAGUUAUAGAUCAGGAUGGAGGAUGGAGCCUGCUGCAGUGUGAAGAAGUGUUUUACUUCUUGGUCUCUCUCAUGCAGAGGCUGCCAUCAGGUGCUCAAUCAUCAAUAAAAGCAUUUGCAGUGUGAGCUGGCAGGGGCUGGUAGCAGGCUUGGCAUUGGUAUUUGAUUUUGCUGCUCCCAGCUAGUGACUGUUGAUGACGUCCUGGUCCCUAUAAAAUGAAGUAUCAUUCCACCUCUAGCAGGGGUUUUUGAGACAUGAUAGUAUGGAUUUCCUGAAGCUGGUAAGGCAAUACCUGCUCCUCUGCUGGGGCAGAGAUCACUGUCUCAGAGCAGGCUCCCAUCCAAAAUUCCACUGAACAAAACCCAGUGUACUGUAACGAGAGAGGACACAGCUUUGCAAGCCAUCUGUGUGGGUCAUUUUUAGUAUAAUCUCUUCUGAAGCAGUGGCUGGAGGUUGAGGCUGUGGAUUAAGUGACUGGUGCAGCCCCUGGGGAGCAGCUGGGGCAACAGGCUCGGGCAAGGAGCAGGGCCAUGCUGGCUCUGAGCUCGGCUUGGGUGGCCUCCUGUGAUGGGCACAGUCACAGUCAGAGCUUCCCUGUGCUGAGUGCUCCUGCCUGCACCCCCUCUUGGUGGGCUGCACCCAUGGCUCAGUCCUGGAUCUCCAUCCACUUCUGCCUUACCUCCUCAUCCCUCUUUUCCCUGCCCAUCCAUCAUCCAUCCAUCCAUCUGUCCAUCCAUCCAUCCAUCCAUCCAUCCAUCCAUCCAUCCAUCCAUCCAUCCAUCAUCCAUACUUAGUCAUUUUUCUGGAGUCUUUUUUGUUUUUACUUAGAGCUAGGAUUAAAAAAAAUAAACAAAGGAAAUGGAUUUUUUUGUGUUCGGGCUUGGUUGUUUAUUAAAUUUUAUCAAAAGUACAGAAAGUUCAGCAACACUUCUACCCACCAGCUAGAAGUGAGGGAAAUGGAGAGAGGUUUAGCUUGUUACAAGGUUUCUUGAAAUUAAACAGUUUAACAGAG